AUGGAUUUUCUCCUGCGUGCCUGCGUCCUGUGCGCCUGCUCCCUCGCCCUCGCCAAGGCCUUUACGCACCAGCAUAUAAAGGACGCGCUACUCCAGAAGCUGGGUCUAGAUGAGGUCCCCAACAUCCACAAGAGGGACCUGGAGAACCUGGUGAUUCCGACGCAUCUCAGAAACAAGUACACGUCCAUGCUGACCCUGCACCACAGCAGAAAACGCAGAUCUCUCCCCAGCCUGGCGGGCAUCUUGAGAGGCAUCCCUGGCAAUGCAGAUAUCGCCGGGGAGUACGUGUACUCCGACACGACUCGGCAGCGCAUGGUCUUCGACAUGGAGGCCAGGAUUCCGGACAACAGCGAGGUGACCAUGGCAGAGCUGAAGCUCUACAAGAGGGCUCCGCAUCACAAAAGGUCGAUGGUGGAGAGGAAGAGCCACCGCCCCGUCAGCAACGCCAGGGUCAGCGUCUACUGGGCGGAGGUGCUGCCCAGCGGCACCAACAGAACCCACCUGGUUGACUCGCGGUUGAUCCCAAUCCACGAGACGGGCUGGAAGAGCUUUGAUGUGACCCAGGCGGUGCACUAUUGGGCCAAAACCCAACAGGAAACACCUAUGCACCUGGAGGUGUGGAUCGAGGGCGAGAGACCCGGCAGCUACGCCGCAGAGAUGGCCAAGAGUGUCCACUUUACCACCCAAGACCAGACGGACAACACCUUGGGAACACCCGAGCUGAUCCUCUACACACUCAACCUCGAAGAGUACGGAUCUCGCGGCGACUGUGAGCUGAACCAGAAAAGGGAGGCGUGCUGCCGUGAGCAGUACUUUGUCGACUUCCGAGCGCUAACCUGGACGCAGUACUGGAUUAUCGAGCCGGCGGGUUACCAGGCGCACAGGUGCACCGGAAGCUGCAAGCAGCCGCGACGCAACUACGGCUACGGGGAGAGGAAGUGCACCGUGGCGGAGAGCGCCCCGUUACCCAUCAUGUACCUGGUGAAAAAGGGCGACUACACCGAGAUCGAAGUGGCCGAAUUCCCCAAUAUGAUCGUAGAGAGGUGUGCGUGUACGAUGGACAACGUCUCUAUAGUAUGAACGUGUGUAGUGGAGAUAACCAAAGACAAAACAGCACAUCAAGUACUUAAUACGCUAUUUCAAUGACCGUUGUCAUUGAGUUGGGCAAGGGGCAGAGUGCAGCAAGAGCGCUGCCGUCUGAUCGAGUCACAUUUGUUUUCCUCAAGCACUUUGUUACGUUUUGUAAAUAGCUGUGAUAGCUUUUUUUUCUCAUUUGUAUGAGUUGUACACUGAAUUCACCUCGGUUAAGCACUGAUUUUAUUUCGAAGGUGCUAUAUUUGCGAGCUGUAUAU